AUGGCGCCAGACCUCGAGCCGCUCCUCCCCCGUGCCGGCCACCGCCCCGUCACCGGCGGCUGGAGGUCGGCUCUGUUCAUAAUCUGGGUGGAGGUGGCGGAGCGGUUCGCGUACUACGGCAUCUCGGCCAACCUCAUCAGCUACCUCACCGGCCCGCUCGGGGAGAGCACGGCGGCGGCGGCGGCGGCCGUCAACGCGUGGUCGGGCGCGGCGUCGAUGCUGCCGCUGCUCGGCGCCGCCGUCGCCGACUCGUGGCUGGGGCGGUACCGCACCAUCGUCGCCUCCUCCGUGCUCUACAUCACGGGCCUCGGGAUGCUGGCGCUCUCGUCCAUGUUCUCCUCACCGAGCGAACAAUGCAAGCUCACCGCGGACGGCCGGCAAGCAUGCCCGCGUUCCUCCCUGCAGACGGCCUUCUUCUACGUCUCGCUCUACCUGGUGGCCAUUGCGCAGAGCGGCCACAAGCCCUGCGUGCAGGCCUUCGGCGCCGACCAGUUCGACGCGGCCGACCCCGCGGAGUCGUUGGCACGGGGCUCCUUCUUCAACUGGUGGUACUUCGGCAUCUGCGGCAGCGCGACGGUGACCAUCGCGCUCAUGAGCUACGUCCAGGACAACGUGAGCUGGGGCAUUGGCUUCGGAGUGCCGUGCGUGGUCAUGGUGCUGGCGCUCGCCGUCUUCCUGGUUGGCACCAAGACGUACCGGUUCUACGACGACUCAGGCGACGGCAAGGGCGCCAGCGUGUUCUCCCGUGUCGUAGAGGCCUUCAGGGCAUCGAGAAAGAGACCGCCGGAAGGUGGAGAGCACGGGCAUGGCGACCGCGUGGAGAACGCUGCCCUCGUGGAGGAGGUGAGGGGCUUGGCGAGGCUGUUCCCGAUAUGGGCGACCUGCCUGCUCUACGGCGUGGUGUUCGCUCAGCCGCCGACGCUGUUCACCAAGCAGGCGGCGACGAUGGACCGGAGGGUCGGGUCGUCGGGGUUCCAGAUACCGCCCGCUGCACUGCAGUGCUUCAUGGGCAUCAGCAUGAUCACCUGCGUAGCGCUGUACGACCGCGUCCUGGUGCCCGUGGCGCGCAGGCUCUCCGGCCUCCCCUUGGGCAUCACCAUGCUCCAGCGGAUCGGCACGGGCAUGGUCCUGGCCGUGGCGGCACUGGUGGUGGCCGCGCUGGUGGAGAUGAGGCGGCUGAGCACCGCGAUGGACGCCGGAGUGGUGGAUCAGGCCGAUGCGGUGGUGCCCAUGAGCCUGUGGUGGAUCAUGCCGCAGUACGUGCUCCUGGGCGCGGCGGACGUGUUCACCAUGGUGGGCAUGCAGGAGUUCUUCUACGACCAGAUGCCCGGCGCGCUCAAGAGCCUCGGGCUCGCGCUCUACCUGAGCGUCCUCGGCGUCGGCAGCUUCAUCAGCAGCUUCCUCAUCUCGGUCAUCGACGGCGUGACGAGGUGGGGCGGAGGGACGAGCUGGAUCGCCGACAACCUCAACCGGGGUCACCUUGACUACUUCUAUCUGCUCAUCGCUGCGCUCACCGCGCUGGAGCUUCUUGCUUUCCUCUACUUCUCAGCUUCUUACGUUUACAAAAGGAAGACUGGCAGUGUUCAUUGA